AUGUGGGAUCGGACCGAGGCGUAUGAUGCUUGGGGCGCGAUCGAGGUUGGGGAUUGGGACCCGACGGCCGUACCCCCGAUAGACGGAGAGUUGACUAGUGUGGAUACUAGUUUAGCUCAGUCGGGUUUGCAUUCAACGGCCGCAGCUCAGGGAUCUUCAGGGGCUGAGCAUGAACCUGAGCCCGAAGCGUCGCAAGUUGAGGACGACUCGAUGGACAUAGAUUUAGAACCGAUCCCCGAGGAAGAGCCAGAGGAAGCGGAGGCCGAGGUAGAUCCCGAAGUGGAGCCCGAAGUGGAACCCGAAGACGAACCUGGCGAGUUUGAAGAGCCUGUAGGAGAUCCGGAGUAUAUACUCCCGUUCGAGUAG